CUUACCAAAUACAUCACACUUCCUUGCUUAUCAUCGACCCGGAGAUAUCGUAUCGACGAGAAGGCUGGCUGCAUUGGACCGUUUUCCUGCAGGUCGACAGGGAUCUAGAUAAACUUUCCCCUUUUCUUUUCAGACUCGAGAUAUGAAUGGACGCCAGUGCUACGGAAAUCCUAUGUUGCUACCACAGAUAUCUGUGCGGGGGGAGGGAUUGAUGAGAGACAAAGAGAGUUCACUUUUCCACCUAGCUCACAUAUCUAAGCUACUUCCUUUAAUACUUACACCCAAUGAUUGAUUGCUUCAAUCAAGCUCAACUCCAAGUAAUACUUGCGCUAUAAGCUCAGGAUGGCAUUGCCGCUGGGGCCGAGUCAUGGUGACAUUGACGAAUCAGCAGUCCCCGGGACUGUCCACCUCGUCGAUCUCGAGCACACGAUGGCGACGCGACAUGCCAAAGACAUGAAAGACAUUGUGCUCGUGCCGACUCCGUCCACAGAUCCGGACGACCCCUUGAACUGGACCCCGCGACGCAAGUAUUUAGCCCUGACUUGCGCGCUCCUGUACACCUGGUUCAACGGCAUGGCGCUGUCGGUCGUGUACUCGGUGCUCGUGCCACUUUCCACAGCGCUCUCCGUGACAGAGGCUGACCUCAACGCCGGCACCGGGUACAUGUUCCUGCUUCUGGGCUGGGGCCUCCUGUUCUGGCAGCCCUUCGCCCUGCAGUACGGCAAGCGGCUGACCUACUUAGUCUCGCUGCUCGCCCUCAUCGCAAUCACGGCCUGGGGCCCCUAUGCCCGUGGAAAUGGACAGUGGAUCGCGAACCGCGUCCUGACGGGUUUCUUCGCGGCGCCCAUCGAGGCGCUGCCCGAAACUACUAUCGCCGACCUGUUCUUCGCCCACGAGCGCGCGACUUUCAUGGGCUGGUAUGCGUUCACGUUGGCUGGGAGCAAUUUCUUUGCGCCGGUGAUCUGUGGGUUUAUCAAUGAUGGGGUGGGUUACCGGUGGGUGUUCUACAUCCAAGCCAUCUUCUGUGCCGCGACAUGGGUGUUUUUAUUCUUCUUCAUGGAAGAGACGAAUUACGACCGGAGAACGGUGGGUAUCGUCGCCGAAUCUACUGACAGGACAGCCGAGCCGAAUCCGGGUGUAGAGAAAGGCAAAGAGACCUCAGCUGACCCGUCAGAUAUUGAGCGUAUUCCGUCUCCGGAAGACCGGCCGACAACAGCUACAAAAACGUUCUGGCAGAAAAUGUCCAUCUUGGAUAAGCCGCGGCCGUUCAUGAUGCACUACCGCGCGUGGCAGUCUUUGAAGCUGCUCUCGUGGCCCGUGGUGUUUUACUCGGGGUUCAGCUACGGGACAUACCUCAUCUACUUCAACAUUCUCAACGCGACGAGCUCCAUAAUUCUAGGCGCGCCUCCAUACAGCUUCAGUACUUCUAUGGUCGGACUGAGCUACGUCUCGUGCGUGAUAGGGGUUGCUUUAGCGGCCGCUUUCACCGGUGUGUUCUCAGACCGCUUCGUCAUCCGGCUCGCCCGCAAAAACAACGGCGUCUCUGAACCCGAACACAGGCUCUGGCUCUUCGCUGUCUCGACGCUGGUGAUCCCCUCGUCGCUCAUCCUCUGGGGCGUCGGCGCGGCGCACCAGGUGCACUGGUUCGGUCUCGUGUUUGCGAUGGGCAUGACCGCGUUCGCUAACACGAUGGGCAUCACCCUGAGCGUCUCGUACCUCGUCGACACGUACCGAGACAUCUCGGGCGACGCGCUGACUACGUGUAUUCUCAUCCGCAAUACGAUGAGCUUCGCCAUCGGCUACGGCAUCACCCCCUGGCUCACUAACCUGGGCGAGCAGAAUUGCUUUAUUAGUGUUGCGUUUGUUGGGCUGGCUAUCUGCUCCGUCUUCUUGGUGAUGAUCAAGUGGGGGAAGAAGUUCCGGGAGAUGAAGCGCGUUGACUAUUGGCGCGAGGUCAAGAAGAGGAUUGACCUUGGGUUGGUGCAUUAGGUGGCGCUACGAUUAAGUCAAUUGUCUUCAAGGGCCUUUAGGGGUUCCAGCACAGAGUAAGAGGGGAUUAGUUAUAUGAGGAAGCUUAUAGGUGUACUAUUUUAUAAAUGAUAGGGGUGUGUGGCAAUAGAAGCUAUAUCGAGGAGUAUGGGGUUGGUGGGCAGGGCAAGGGGCAGAAGAAAGCGUUGUAUUGUAGAAUUGAAAUGUCAGGCCAAGGAAGAGAACUCUAAGAAACAAUUAUAUGCAGAAUACAGUGUGUUACACUUUCCUCUUUUCAUUCCUACCUGCCUACCUACGCACUAUCUCAAUAAGUGCCACAUCUAUGGGAACCAGGAGCUCACAACUUAAUGUUCAACCCAUUUGAAGAUGUCACCAGUC